AUGUCGACGAGAAAAUGGGGGGGCGUGACUCGUCCAUUAUGUAGUGAAAUGUGCUUAAGAAAGCGAAUUCCUCAGAAAUCUGACAUUUUCUAUAUGUACUGCGAUGUGAAGAAUUAUAUGAGUUAUAUGUAUGCUGAAACAGUAUCAGCCGAAGGGGCUUCCAGUGAGUUCAUAAACCAGAGGAGUUGGAACGAUCUCGUACCUGGGAUCUAUCAGUUAGCAGACAGUAAAGAAUAA